AUGGACCCGCGCCCCCACGCCCCCGAGGCCCCCGCGGACGCCGAGGCGCCCCGGCCGCUGGCCGCGCCGCCCGCACCCCGCCAGCUACCCCGGGUCCUGGAAUGCGCGGUCCCCUCGACGGCGCCCCCCGACGGCUGCCAGACCCCCGGCGCCCAGGCCGGGCGUCCAGGCGCGCCCCAGCCGGAACAGCCAACGUUUGCCAAGCUGCUGGCCAAAAAUGUGUCACUGGUCAAUGGAACCCUGAGCUGGUACAGCGAGCAGGGCCUCGCAGGCGUCAUCCUGUCCCCCGACCUGAGUUACGAUGAGCGCAGUCACGAGCUGGUGGUGGCGGAGGCCGGAGUGUACUUCGUGUUCCUGCGGAUGCAGCUGUGGCGGGUGAUGAGGGCUGGCCCACCGUCGCAGGGCGAGGUGUCUCUGACUCUUCAGCUGCAGCCACCGUCCACCGAGGCCACAGACCUGGCUCUCACCGUCACCGUGCCUCGGAUUAGCUCCUCCAAGGAUUUGGGUUCGAAGCCGGCCGGAGGGUUCUGGGGUCACCUGGUGGACCUCCAGGGUGGCCAGCGCCUCAGUGUCCGCCUGAGCGCCCUCCUGCAGGGAGGGGCCGAGGCGCACCGCGCAUGGCAGCUGGCCCCCCACGCUGUCUUCGGCCUCUUCCGGGUGACUGGAGAUGUCCCAGGGGAGCUCUUGGUGUGA